AUGAACAGUGCCUGGGAUAGCCUUCGCGCUGCAUGGGCUGAGAACGUGUGCUCCAGCGCCUUUCUCGCAGACGUCCAAGCUUUCUUCGAUGUCGUGGGCCAGCGAGGGCAUGAGAUCAACGUUUUGGCCAGUGACCUCGAGGUUGUUGAAAUCCAGUAUGUCGAGCAUGCGCUUUCCAUGCAAACCUACUUGGCACGCAGAGAAGAACUGAAGGCGCAGUUUCAGUGUUCAGGCCAGGUAGGCGAUGCGCAGACCGUGGGGCCCUUGGGCCCAUGGACGCACUCGGCGAUUCGACGGUGCCAAGGAGUUUGGGCAGAUAAGCAGGGCAAUUAUGUAUGGUUGAUUGCUGGGGAGGAGGUCAUCAAUGCAGCCACCUUGGUCGCUGAGAUCCUCGAGCCGGAGUCUGCAGCGAUCCUUCGAGCCGACCAUGGCCACAUGAAUUUUCGGGCUUUGCCAUGGCCCCACCUUCUUUCAAGGCCGGAAUGUGGGGACACGGACUCCGAAGUAUCCCUCAUGUGGCUUGUCCACCAGUACUCUCACACAUCGCGGACCAACGUGAAGCAGAUCAACGGCGUGUUUCAGGCCGUUGAUGAGGUGAUCUUCUGGAACAGUGGCCACAGGGAGAGCGCUCCUGCGCGAUGGGAGCGAAGCCCCGUUCUUUUUGGACAUUGGUGGCUACAAGGCCGUGAAGCAUUGCUCUUCCCUCUGGAGGUGUUCCUUCAGGGUGCAGCGCUUCUGGAUCUCAUGGCACAACAUCAUGGACGUGUUGCAGAGCAGAAGGCCAACCUCGAGGCAGAAUUUGUGGAGAUGGCUGGCAAUGGGGUCCCUAGCAACUAUGGUGCCGUGCUGUACUACAACCAGACCUUCUAUCCGAUUUGGGAGGAGCGCCACCCGCUGGAACCAAUCGGCCGCUUCCGGUCGCGGCACUUUACAGGAACUGUGGACAAAAGCAACCGAAGGAUGGAGAUUUCCCCUUUGGAGGACCCCGGUAGUGACGCACUGGUACCUCCGUUCUUGAAGAAGCUCUUUGGCUUUCGCAGAGGCAUCACAGCGCGGCUCAGCCCAAAGCCGUUGGAUCUCAAUGUGAACGAGAUCUUUCUAUUGCAAGGGACCACCGCAGCCAGUGCACAGUGCCCAAGAGACGACUCUGCUCGUGUUCAGACUCAGGUGUUGUCGUGCCAUGCAGGAUCCAGUGCAGGGUCGGGCAUCUACCUCACAGACUCCGCAGUGAAGGCCGAUCAAUGCAGCGAGCUGCAUCCCAAUGGCCUGUGUGCCAUUCUGAUUUGUCGCGUCUGCCUGGGGCGCGUCAUCAACCAGUCAGAAGGAGAUCGUCACGGGAACUCGAUCCGGCGAGGAUCAGAGUAUCAGAGUGUAAAGCUCGCCAGUGACGUGAAUGAGUAUGUGAUCUUCGAUCCUUCGCAGGUCUAUGUGGAGUAUCUGGUCUGGUACCGACGGCGCUACCACAAUCUGAGCCGACAUGAGUAG